AUGUUAAAGGCAACCAAAAACCUUUUUUCCAGUGCUGCAGCUGCCACCUCCAAGUCAUUUGUAGCCGGUGCUGGUGGUGCAGUGCCAGCUAAAAAUUUAGCUGGUGGUGUGACUUUGAAUUCGCGAGACGAGAUUGAAUCUAUGCUCAGCCAGCCCACUUGGUGUGUUUCUGAGCUUUUUGAAAGAGUUGAAAAUGACUCGGCCACUGAACGACCCACUUACGAGACUUUGAGCAAGCUACUUAAACAGGCGGGUCUCAACUCUGUCGAGAAAGACUCCCCUAGAGCGAAUAAACUUCUUCAAGAGCUGGAUACACAGCUUACUUUCGUUAGUCAUAUUAGCGAAGUUGAUACUAAGGGUAUUGAGCCUUUGGUCAGAAUUAGCGGAGAGCCUAUUAAGGCUCGUAUGGAGGAUCUAUUUGCCAUUUCGGAAGAGACUGCUCCUGAGACGGUGGAACCAAACAACUGGCAGCCAGUUGCUUUGAGUGCGGAAAGAUCUGGUAAUUUCUAUGUUUUGCAUGAAGGACUAGCCAAAGAGGCCUAA